CCCCCCCCCCCCCCCCCCCCCCCCCCCCCCCCCCCCCCCCCCCCCCCCCCCCCCCCCCCCCCCCCCCCCCCCCCCCCCCCCCCCCCCCCCCCCCCCCCCCCCCCCCCCCCCCCCCCCCCCCCCGAGGAGGUGGAGCAUGAGAGUGACCCACGAUGCAACAUUUCGUGGAUGAGAAUAAAUUCGAAGUUGCACGUCGGAAAUUCUUACAUUUGUGUAUUCUGGUGUAUUGUCAAUGAGAAUACAGCAAGCCCACAUCAAUAUAUUACACUUUUUCAGUGAUAGUCUCACAAAUGCAUCCAGUUGUGCGUACAAAGGUAAUGGAAAACGAAUACAAAGCUACCUUGAAUAACAAUACAAAUAACCAGUUGCUCCUUAGAGUAAACACCUUUAGAACUCCAAUGCAAAAAAUUCAUAAACUGUAUUGAAAUUUACACUCAAAAGUUAAAAUAUGAUGACUCGGUUUAACACACUCAGAGAGUGGCAAUAGCGCUACUCAAAAUUUAUUCAUUCUUUUUUUGUUUCGUUAUAUCCCCUCAGGUCAGCUCUAAGAAUAAUAUCCAGCUCAUCGAUGUCGCCCACCAAAGAAAACUUAUUUCAACGAAUUAUUUCCUCAUUUAAACCGGCACUCAUACCAGAGGUAGCACCACCAUUACUACUUCCAACAGUAACAAGUACCACUACUACAACAGCAGAGAACGAACAACCAUUCGGAUUAAAACAGAUGCUUAAACAUCGACACCUACAAAUGAUUGGCAUCGGGACUACAAUUGGAACUGGCCUGUUUGUCGGUAGUGGUCUUUCGGUGGCUCAAGGCGGUCCUGGAUCUGUUCUAAUUGCUCAUCUCAUUAUUGCCUGUUUACUCUACAUAGUUGUACAUGCGUUAACCGAACUCACGGUGAUGUACCCUAUUCAAGGUUCAUUCAAUAUUCAUUCUACACGUUUUCUCGAUCCAGCCUGGGGGUUUACAAUGAGCUGGCUGAACGUUUUCAGAUCUCUCGUCCUGUUACCGUUACAGUUAUCAGCUGCUGCCAUCACCAUACAGUACUGGAAACACACUGCUAGCUUACACGUCGGUUUCUGGAUCACAAUCUUCUUUCUCUUUGUUAUACUGAUCCAUCUGUUCAAUGUAAGAGGCUACGGCGAAACACAAGUCAUAUUUGCAACGGUAAAGGUCUUGGCUGUGGCUGGAUUCAUUAUAUUGGCAGUUGUUAUUGAUCUUGGCGGCUCGCCUUCGCGUAAAUACUUUGGUGUUAGAACGUGGACGAAUCCGGGUGCAUUUAACAAUGGAUUUCCAGGUCUCCUUAGCGUUUUUGUUAAUGCAGCACUUGCCUUCGGUGGCUCAGAACUAAUUGGUUACGCAGCUGCAGAAAGUGAAAAUCCACACAAAACGGUACCAAGUGCGUCGAAACAAGCUUUCUGGUAUAUUGCGAUACUUUAUAUUGUUAGUCUUUUGUUAAUUGGAUUCAUAGUACCAUUCAACAGUGAACAGCUAUUGAAAACAGGGGGUGGCCAAAAAUCAACAGCAUCAACAAGUCCGUUUGUUAUUGUACUUGAUUUAGGCGGCUUCAGAGUGCUACCCGACAUAUUCAAUGGUAUUAUUGUACUAUCAGUGUUGUCUGCUGCUAUCUCAAUAACCUAUGGUUCAUCACGUUUACUAACAGCUCUCACCAGCGUACAACAAGCACCAAAAUGUUUUAGUUAUAUUGAUCGUAAUGGCCGUCCACUUGUUUCUUUCUGGCUUUUGGCUAUUACUGGCCUGGCUCGGUUCUUUAUCUGGGGGAACAUCUGUGCCUGUCAUAUACGCUUUCGUCAAGCUUGGAAGUACCAAGGACAUACGUUGGAUGAACUACCGUUUCGUUCUGGUGUUGGCGUUAUUGGAUCGUACAUAGGUUUAAUUCUGAAUGUUCUAUGUUUAAUGGCACAACUUUACAUUGCUCUCUGGCCGGUUGGUCAGCGUAAAAGCAGCCCAAGUGUGAAGGCAUUCUUUCAAGCAUAUUUAGCGGUACCAGUGGUUAUUUUAAUCUUUUUGGUUUAUAAGUUAUUGUAUUGGAAAUCUCAUUCAAUGCUAACAUUAGACAAAAUCGAUUUGGUAUCGGGCCGGCGGCAAGUUGAUUUGGAUGACAUUAGAACAGAGAAAGCGGAGGAGGAGUAA